AUGUCGGCCCUCCGCAAUAGCCGGACUGCCACCGUGCAGGUCCGUGGAUUUGCUUCCUCCUCCAAGCUUCGAGUCGGACCCGAGUCCCCUCACUUCAUCGAUGUCCCCAAAAUCGUCCAACCUAACAACCCCAAAAGACCCCAUGUCAGGGGUACCCUACCCGUGCCUCGCGAAAUCUUCCCAGCCCGCCGAGCUGACAAGCCCACGAAAGCAUACAUCGAUGCUGUCACACCACUUCCCAAGACGAAACGUUUAGUGAACCCCUACGGCCCUGAUCCCGAAAAGGAGGAAUGGAAGCACAAGAUGGCCGAUUUGCGGAGACAGAACCUCCGCGAAGGUCUCCAGAGCCUGUGGGAACGCAAGUCUCGUUCUGAAUCUACGAUGAUUUCCCGCAGCGAAAAGAGCCAGGAACAUCGACAGCGCGUUCUCCAGCAACCCCAGCGUCAAGAUGAGCUUCUCACUCGUCCCUCGACUAUCCAGGCCAUGCUGCCGCAGAAGCAGCCCGUCCUGCCCGAUCCCAACCGUGAGGAACGCAUUGCGCUCUCCCGGUCUCGCCUGGCAGCCAAGAAGGCCCAGAAGGAGGCAAAGCGCAGGGAACACCUCCAAUCUCUCUAUAUGAAUGCUCGUAAUUUCAUCGUCACCGAGGAGCAGCUUGCUGCUGAGAUUGAUCGCGUGUUCCCCGAGGGUGAGAAUCCGGCUUGGCGCAACGAUCACCAGCCCGGUGAGAACAUUUGGAACUUGGGUAACCCCCCUACUGUGAACAACCUUGUCAACCAGACCAACCGGAAUGAGGCUGGUCGCUGGGAUGUCACCCAGGACCGUGUUAAGCAGCUUGGUGAACAAAUUACCGGUGGUAAAUUUUGA